GGAAGUUCGGGGAGAGGGGACGAUGGACGUUUGGGUGUGGGGAUUGGAGGGAUGUGGAAGAGAGACGUUGGAGGUGGAUCUAUCUUUGAUGCGGAUCGGCGUUUCGGGAGAAGUUGGCUGACGAGUGUACAUGUUUUAUUAUUACAGGAACUGGUGAGGGAAAGCAUGGGGGACUCGAGGCUGAUGGCGGUCCAUGAAGAGCUGCUGGUGCGGUACGUGGCCGUGAUCUGGGCAGGCGGUCAUGAGGAGGGAGAGCGGAUAUCGGAUGUGCGCCACAUUGGGGAGCGGUACUUGCCGUCGGGGAGGGUGUGGGCUGCCGUGUUUGGGGCGGAGACGGCGGCGGCGGCGGCGGGUGGCACGGGGCGGGUGCUGGAGGAGGUGUAUGAACGGUGGCGGGGGCAGGCGGAGGGCGAGGCGACGAUGGCGUGGGCGGGGUGGCUGCUCGCACAGAGGCGGGGGCGGGAGGCGAAGACGGCGGUUAUGCGGGUGAGGGGAGCGGAUAAGAGGCGGGUGUGUUCGUGGUGGGCGUCGGUGGUUGAUUGAUGGUAGCGUAGACGGUCUGGCCCGGGCUGUGGGUUGCACGCGAGUAUGUCGGAGAAUGGAGGACAGAAGGGAAGACUAUCCGAAACCUGUGCGCGUGGACGUGGGCGAGGGCUGCACAUGGUGCCUGCGCAUCCAACUCCUACUUUAUCUUCCCAUCCAUCCACCACCGUCCCUUCCUCUCCCCCCUUUCCCGCCUCGUCCUGCCCUACAGCCUGCAGCCACCGCAUCGCUGGUGUGCGAGAAUAAGGUCCUGAUUGUCCCCGCCAGUCUCGUAGCGAAAGUGCAGGCGGCAAUCGACUCCUCUUCUCAGGCUUUCUCCUCCACCACAUCGUCCGCCCCCCUCGCAAGCCCUGCGCCGUCGUCGCUCUCGACGGGGUCCCCCCUGCUGCAUGCCAUUCCGCCCCCCUACCAGACUUUGAGCCGGUCCUUGUCUGUCCCCCGUCCACCUCUUCGCUGAGCACAGGCCGAUAUCUCAAGUCUCUCUCUGGCUAAUGUUGCAGUACACCGUACACCCGCCCCCCCUCGACUUUUCCGGCAACAAGAAACAGUCCUCGACUUCCUCCAAGUUUCGCUCUAAUGACCCCAACAAGCCUCCCUCAUCCCGCAGGCCAUUCACGUCCCCCUCUGCUUUGUCCAACAAGCGUCCUGUCGAGGGACUCCCGACCGCUCUUGCUCCCCCUUCCUCUUCUCUCCACCUGCCUCUUUCUGUAACUUCUUCCUUUGCCGGCUCGCCCCUCCCCACCCCCAGCUUCGCUCACACAACUCACCAUCCCCGCCCCUCUUACUUCCCGCCCCUCCAGCAGCCGCCCUCGUCCUCCGUCAUCGACAUCGCCCCCUCCGAGGACAACAGGUCGAGCAGGCGCUCAGACUCGUCCUCCGCCGUCGCUGACAUCCUCACAAAGGGCGAUGUCGUAGGCGAGGGCAUCGAUCUCCAGGGCGAGCCCCUCCGCAGGCUCCCCAUCGACGCACAUGCUCAGCCGUCUCCGCUCGACCACGAGGAGCCCGCUCGCGAGUUUGAGGUCGUCAAGAAGCUCGGCACCGGCUCUUACGCCGUCGUCUAUCUCGUCCGCCAGGUCCUCUCCCGUUCCCCCCCGUCCUCCGACGCCGGCCACAUCAUCGGUGGCCGUCUCGAUCUCGACGAGGAAUUCAGCCCAAGGCCGUCUGUCGAGUAUGGCCGCGAUUUCGCUAUCAAGCUGCUUUCCAAAGCGAACCUCGACGAGGACGCCCUGGCCGCGCAGAUGGUCGAGGCCACCAUCCACCAGUCGCUCCCUACUCAUCCAAACAUUGUAACGCUCUAUCGCACUCUCGAAACCUCCUCUUAUUUGCUUCUCUUGCUCGAGUAUGUCCCAGGCGAGGACCUAUUUUACUUUCUUGAACAGGCUCGCGACCACUACGAUCUCGAUCCGUCUUCCGAUGACUCUAAUUCUUCCACCGGUCGCACGCCGCCCACGCCUGGGCUGCUCUCGUCUCUCCAUCCCGCUCAACUUCUCUCACACACCCGUCUCCGUCUUAUCGCCUCCAUGUUCUCUCAGAUGUGCGAGGCCGUCGCCGUCUGCCACGACGCCUCCGUCUUCCACCGCGACAUCAAGCCUGAAAACUUCAUCGUCACCGACGGCUGGACGACCAACGCCGAUGGUUCUCGGGAACGCAAGGUCAUAGUCAAACUUAGCGACUUUGGCUUAUCCACCACCGACGUCGAUUCCGCCGACAUGGACUGUGGUAGCGCUCCGUACAUGAGCUACGAAUGCAGAAACAAUGUUGCCCCAACGUACAAGCCCCGUGCCGCGGACGUGUGGUCAUUGGGCAUCGUCUUGAUCAACAUGCUUUACCACUACAAUCCGUGGACGGACACCGCACACGAGGGCUGCUCUUCUUUCAGUCUUUUUCGCCAGUCGCCCGUGAACUUCUUCCUGGCGAGGUUCGCGGGCAUGUCGCACGCCGUCGCUCAUUACCUCGCCGAUAAGGUUUUCUGUAUUCUUCACGACUCCACCGAUGACUCGCAGCGGGUCUCUGCUCGCGAAUUCGGCCUUUGGGCCAAGGACCUUCCCGCCUUGCUCGGGCAAUCCUCACCCUCCAAGCCAACGCACAGUCGCGUGUCAUCCACGACGUCCAUCAUCACUGGACAUCCUCUCUCUUCCGUCCCGCCUUCGCGUCGUCCGUCUUCGAGACAAGCUUCGUUCCACGGCGCAAGCGUCCCUCUCUCGCGUGGCCUCUCCCGUGCACCCUCCCUCGGCCCCGCAUUCGAGAUGGAAGCCACCGAGCUCUCGAUGUGCCACGAAGCAGAAGAGCCCGACGAACGCUCAGAGUCACGCGCGACUUCGACCACCAAACGCCGGAAGCGCGGGGCGCGCAAGGGCAAAGGCGGCGUCGUCCAGACGUCCACGUCCGACCGUGAUUUCACCGCGGACAUCCUCGCCUCGGCCUCGCAGAGCCUCGCUCGCGAACUCAGUCGUGCGUCCAAGGGCGCGGCGACGGCGUCGCUCAACUCGCCCAGUCUCUCGUCGGUCAGGUCGCCCGUGUCCGACGCGCCCGCUCCCAAGCUGCCAGACGUCGUGCAGCCGAUCGUGACGAAGAAGGCGUCGAAGUGGAAGCUCGGGUUCGGGAAGACGUCCAGUUCGUCCGCUUCCACCACGACCGAUAGGGCCCUCGGUGCGUCUGCGGUAUCGCUCGGCGCGGAGUCGAUUUCGACGCGUUCAGACGGGUCGGCGUCGAGGCAGAUGUCGUCGACGGCGGCGAACGUGACGGGGCUGAUCAUGGGCCUCAAUCCUGCGACCGCCGCUACGCCCAAGGAUGUUGGCAAUCCCUCGGAGGACAACGGUGGUAGCUGGGGACGUGGACGACAGCCGAAGGCCGCUCUCGCUCCUCCUGCGGUUUAUAGUGGCGCUCAUUCGACACUCAGCGGGACGUGGCCACGCACCCAGGCCGCUCACUCGCCGUCGCCUGCCGCCGUUCACCACCGUCAAGAAAGCUCGAACGAGAGCGCCGCCGAUCCGAACCACCACAACAGUCACAACCACAGCAUCGAGCAGUGGGCGACGGGCGUGGACAGCCGGCGAGGCGCAUCACCGACGAGUACGCGGAACGGAAAGCCGCUGGCAUCGAGCGCGAGCUCGAUCGCGAGCAGUAAGAGUAAUUGGCGGAGCUCGAUGUCGAGCACGAAUACGAGCACUUCGGCGUUUACGAGGUAUAGCAAUCAGAGCGUGAGGAGCGUGGCGACGAAUGCGACGAGUGUGAGUAGUGCGUCGUCGCAGAAUUGGAGGAAUGGGAAGGGCGGGCAGCCGAAUGGACGGGUGGGCAGGCCGCCUCCGAAUGUGAAGAUCAUGUCCGGUGUUCCUUGGGAAUUGACCGAGCUCCCCCGACAACUUUAUUCGGAUCCUAACGGCGCAGUCUUCACACCUCCACCGCGCCAACGACCCCGCAAACCGAAGUCCCAACAAGCCCUCGGUCCCAUUCCCGAACGCCCCGGCCCCGGCGUCGACGCAUCCUCGUCGUCUUCCAACGCCGCACACAAGGCCUCUUCGUCUUCCAACGCCGUGCACAAGGCUUCUUCUUCCUCCUCUCCCCUGGCGUCUUCGUCCUCGCACAAGGCGGCGUCUUCGUCCUCUCACCUGGCGCGUGCACCUGUGUCUAUGUACAGGCAGGAUGCGGCGACGAGCACGACGGAUCUGGACGGGUUGGAGCACGAUGGAGGCAGUGCGGAUGGGUCGUUUGAUUCGCCGAAGAAGGUGGUGCAGAAGGGACAGAUCAAUGCGUUGGCGAAGAUGUUGUCUGCGCUGAGACGAUGAGGGUGAGGGGCCGCGUGCGUGUUACUGUCGUUUGUGUUUGUUUUUACGGUUAUGGUUGUUAUCGAUCGCAGGUUGUUGUUUUCCUUUCCGUCGUCCGAAGCAGAUGAGGAUACAUGCAUGAGGCGCGCGUUUCUUUGUGGUGUGGUGUGGGGUGUGGGUUGAGCGGGGUUACUUUCGAGUAGUCGUUCGUUCGUUGCGGUUCUGGUCAAAGCGUACCCAUUUCCCCAUCUCCCCAAUACAUCCCCACCUUUUCUUCUUUCUCCCUUCUCGCUCUACCACGUUUUCCAUCAUACUCAAUACUCAUACUCAUGUCCACCCUCUCACCCGUCACUUCAACUUUCUCUUCAAACCCUUCAAACCUUCAACCUUUCCCGCGCUCCCUUCACCUUCAAACCCCUUCCCCUUCAACUUCAAAGACCUCCUUUCCCGCAAUCUCUCUCCCCCUUUCUCCCGCAAUCUCUCUCCCUUUCUCCCGCAAUCUCUCUCCCCCUUUCUCCCGCAAUCUCUCC